GGUGCCGUACCCAAGAUGCUGUUCAAAGCAGGGGAGCUCCCGCAGUGCUCGUGUCAGGGGGCACACGGGCCGGUAGGAGGGGGAGUAGAACCCGGGGAUGACCCCACAGAGACCAGCGAUGCUUUGUUGGUGCUGGAGGGGCUGGGGAGCGGGGAUGUUGCCGGCCUGGGCAUGGAGGAGUGCCCGGAGGAUGAGACUGAUGAUGAGAACGGACGCCGUGAGUUUUUACUCAACAGGAAAAGGGAAAUAGUUCAGAAAAUGUCUGGGGCUUUCUCCAUCAGCAGCUUCCAGGCGGAGCUGAGGAGGCAGGUGGAGGGGAUGUCCCCGGCGGCGACACAGGCAGCGGCAGCGGCGCAUCUUGGCGCGCAGGUGUGCAGCCUCCACGGGAGCUCAGCCAGCCGGCUGUCGCAGGUAAGCCCUGGGGACUCAGAGGUUGUCGCCCAGGUUCCCGCCAUGUCACCGUCACCCACACCGGUCCAGAACUCGCCCUGGGCCACGAGCCCGAAUCCGAGCCUGGCGUCGACACCCAGGAGGCGGCCGGAGCGGUGCGCCAGCGCGCCGCGGACUCCCACAGGCCGGGCGGCAGGUGCGGAAAAGACGCUCAAAGUUCCGGGGAAGUCCAAAAAGGGCUCGUUAAAGAUCCGCCUGAGUAAACUGUUCCGGACUAAAAGCUGCAGCGGCUCCAAUCACCUGCUGGACAAGAGGCCCUCAGUGACCUACUCAGUGUCUUCUGGCGGGAGUCUGGUGGACAUGGCGAGCGCUGCUGGUGCUGAGCAGGACGCAGACAGACUGACCAGGGCCCACAGUGCCUUCUCCCCUGCCUCCCUCUCUGCUUUCACUGGUGAGACUGUUUCUCUGGUGGAUGUGGAUAUUUCACGGCGAGGGGCGAACACACCACACCCUCCCACGCCGCCCCCUCCUCCACGCCGAAGUCUCAGUCUGUUAGAUGACAUAGCUGGGCCUCAGCCUGGGCCUUUCCUAGUGAGUGUUAUGGGCGCCUCCCUGCAGUCCCUCCCCCUGCCUCUCCCUCCUCCUCCUCCUCCCUCCCAUGCCACCAUCCGACACAGUCUCAGCCUCAAUGAUGCGCUACCCCCCACCAGACAGGCUCCACCCCCCAUGCUGUGUGCCCUGCGGCGGUCUGAGGCCAGCAACUUCACCGCCAGUCUGAGAGAGCUGGAGAAGUGUGGCUGGUACUGGGGGCCGAUGAACUGGGAGGACGCUGAGAUGAAACUGAAGGGGAAACCGGACGGAUCCUUCCUGGUCCGGGACAGUUCGGACCCUCGUUACAUCCUGAGCCUCAGCUUCAGGUCGCAGGGCGUCACGCACCACACACGCAUGGAGCACUACAGAGGGACGUUCAGCUUGUGGUGUCACCCGAAGUUUGAGGACCGCUGCCACUCGGUGGUGGAGUUCAUCGAGCGAGCCAUCAUGCACUCCAAGAACGGCAAAUUCCUCUACUUCCUCCGCUCCAGAGUCCCAGGGCUUCCUCCCACCCCAGUUCAGCUGCUGUAUCCUGUAUCUCGCUUCAGCAACGUGAAGUCACUGCAACACCUCUGUCGCUUCUGCAUCCGACAGAUAGUCCGCAUCGACCACAUCCAGGAGCUUCCACUGCCCAGACCGCUGAUCUCCUACUUGAGUAAGUUUUAUUACUACGACCCAGAGGAGGAGAUGUACCUGUCAAUCAAGAGCAUCCGGAGGGUGGUGGGAGCAGAGCAGGAGGCCGAGUCGCAGACGUAGCAGCAGAGUUCUUCUCAGCUCAAAGUUUCUGUGUGGAGGACUGAUCUGUACUGGUCUGCCAGUCUUCCAGCAUCAGCCGAUCAGAGUCCCUGGAAAUCUGUGUGUCCAGCUGGACGGGGAUGGACCUGCCUCUCUGUUGAUUUGGACUAAUGAAAGGAGGGAAAGUGUUUGCAGUUGGACGGUGGGAAAACCGUCGACGAGAAGAGCAGAUGCAGAGGACUCAGCCUCGUCUUCGGAGGGACUGCAGAGAUGCUCUCGCCUGCAAACAUGUCGAUGGGAACAGAGGGACAGCGUUGACUUUGAACUCGAUUUGCAAAUUUCCUGAACCUGCUGAACUGGACUUUUAAAACACAAAUACACUGGUCAAUUUGUACAACUGUUGUUUGCUGCCGUUUUCUUGUUUUUCCUUCCAUUCUGUCAAAAAGAGGGUUUUUGGAUUAAAAGUUGCCCUCAGGGUUUGAUAUACACACUGAGGCAGGACGCUGAGGCCCGUCACUCAGCAUUCAGACAGCGGAGGUACAAGAGAGUCGUGCUGCCAUGUUGGGUUAAAACAAAGGAUACGUUCCCAUUGUUAUCUACAAUGCUAAUGCUUAAGCUAAAGAUCAAAAUCAAAACUUAAUUCUAUUUCAUCAGAAGUGCUUGUUGCACCAACUUACCCAUGAACAUGAAGGUCUACUUUCCUACAAACACCUGAACCCCUGAAUGUUUCAGUUGUGUUUCUGUAGCCGAUGCUCACACUGAAUUACUGUUUUAUUUCUCUUUCAACCUGACGUUGUGUUCAUGUUCGCUGAUUUUUGUCUGAAAGCAGCGUCAUUUAGUUUCACUUUGCUCGAACCAAACAUGAACACAGGAGCAGUUAUCUUAACACUGUUGUCAACUUCAACUCUCUCCCCUAAAAAUGACUUUUUUAUACAACUAAACUGCAGCAGGAAACUCAUUUUAUAGGAAAUGUAAUUGCAGUCAGAUUACAUUUUCUAUUAAACCACAGUAAUGCGAAUGUAUUGUUAAUUUAAAUAUUUGGCAAAAUGCAAACAUGUUGAUUCUGAACAUAUCAGUAAAAUGUUCACAUGCAAUGUUUUUAUUUUCUGCCGGCUGUGCAGGAAGAUGACCUCUCCAUUUUUAAUCAUGUCACAAAGUUCUGAUCGAUCAAAUGUUUCUACAACUGUAAGAAACAACCGUUAAUGAGCAGCACCAGAUAUAUUUGAAUUACUGAACAACUCGGAGGUGUUGGUGGUGAUUCAGAGGUCUGGAAACAGGCCGUGCUUCACCGCCCUCUGUGGGUCGGGACCAUGGAUGUAUUUAAAGAGCCAUUUAGUGCCAAUAUCCCCCUAGUGGUCACUUGUGGGUUUGCAACAAACAAACAAAAAUCCCCAGAAAAUCAUAAAAGAGACGUCUGUAAAACUGUUGACAGAGCUGGUGAAUUUCUAAUCCAUGGAAGUUUUAUAUUUGUAAAACUUCCCCACAGAAUAGAAAAGUCAGCUUUAUUUUCAUGACGUCAUCCCGAGCGGGAACAUGCGGUGAAAUGCUAAUGUGCAUGUGCAGUGGUCCGAACGUCUUUUUUGGCUCAUGCAGCAAUUCAUCAGUUUCCAUUCAGGUCACUGGAUGCCGUCUUUGCAUCCAGUUACCCAGUUCCUAUCGUACAUCCAUGGCUGAAACCUGCUAGCGUCUAGCACUUCGGGCCACGCCCAAAUCAGUGAUGUCACAGUUGGUGGCUGUGACAUCCCAUAGACCCGUCGCUAUUAGCAGCAGCAUCCUUCAGUGGUUCACAAAUGUCACUGGAGCACCACCUUGUUUUACAGGAAGUCUGUAACUGAACCUGCUGAACAUUCAAAGACCGAACAUCUGGAUGUCCCAAGUUUAAUUUGACAAUAUUGUAAUAUCAUCACUUUUAUGAUUAUAAGCUCAUCCUCUCAUGUUGCUGAUUUCUUUUCAGUUACAUUUCCCAGAAUGCCUUUUGACAGCCUAGAGAUUGAGGUAAUGCACUUGUUAUCAAGCCAGGCUAUGAAUAUAUCGAGUUCAUGAACUUCAUUAGCAUGAGAGGUGUCCUUGAUCUCGUCUGCUUCGUUCUUGUAGCACGACAUGUCCCAGAGCUGCGUGAAGCUGGUCUAUUGAGGCCACUGGUGGGAGAUACUUGGCGCUUUUACAAGAGAUUUAAAUCCUUAAAUUUGUAUUUCUUCAGACAGAUAUUCACAGGAGAAGAAAAAAUACACCAAAGAAAAAAAAAAUACCCUCAGAAAUUCAAUU